AUGGUGACCAUUUCGGAUUAUGGCUCCUUGCCCGAGGCAGGUGGAAGGUUUGUUUCAAGAUCUCGCCGUGCUGCCACUGUAAGGUUCAUCGUCUCGGCGAGUGCGAUCUUGGGCACUUUGGCUGUGGUUACAAUUAUGGGGCAAAGAAACAACCAAGGCCCCGUCAUCUUGGGAAGCUCCGAUGCUGCCAAGUACCUUGAGAGUGGAAGACCAUUGGACUCCAACGCUGACCCGGCCGCUCUCAAAAACAUUUGGUACAGCCCAGAUCAAGCUUGGCAGGACAUCGAUACCGUUCUUCCCACCAACGGAGGUGCCUGGGAGGAUCAGAGCGACCCAUCAGUCGGCUACGCCUUCAAGGGACGAGGGUCUGUGACCGCUUCCAACGGAUGGACUGGCUACUACGACACCACUUUGCAUGAUGGGGAGGAUACCGAGAUUCUGCCCGACGAGACUGUCAAUGAUGCCAUGGGCUGGGAUCCUGCUCUUGCUGGAACCAAUGUCUUCUGGGGCAACCGUGGAGGAAAGAACGCUGCUGACCCUGCUGCUUGGCACAACGGAGAGCCCCUUAGCAUCGCCGAUUUCUCGGACUCCGACUAUGUCCCUUACGGGUUUGUUCUACAGUCGUAUGAGAAAGUGGUAUGA